AUGGACAAGUUCGAACAUUCUGCACUGCUUCUCAUCCAUCCAUUCCCUGCUCUCCUCUCUGCUCCCCUCGCUCUCUUCCUCGCUGCUAUGGCCAUUCAUGCAAGACAUUGGAAUGACAUGGCAUCCUUGAAGCACCUCACACUGCUAUCCAUAACGGGAAGUGGUCUCAGCGGCUCCUUGCCUGCUGCACUCUUCACCAUGCCCAAUCUCAAGCACCUUGAUCUCUCCAACAACAAGCUUUCAGGCAGAAUACCUGACGAAGUAGGGCUCGCAACAUGCCUCCAGACCAUGGAUCUAAGCAGCAAUUACCUCCAUGGCUCCCUCCCGGCAUCCCUGGGCAACCUCUCGCAUCUCACACGCUU